CUCUGCACGGCAGCGCGGCCGCUUUGCCCACCCACCGUUUAUAUAGCAAUCCGCGCACGUUACCGACUUCCUGCACCGAGGAGGUUAUUAGAAGCGCGCGCUCAUGGCAGCUAAUGAUUAUCGCGGUUACCUGCGGAACCAUAUGGACAUGGAGCACGGGGGCUCGCGCUUCCAGCCGCCGACCCAGAGCGCCCACAGGCCGCUGAUUUUCGGCACGCUGGCCGUGAUGGGACUGCUGCAGGUCGCGUCCAGUGUCACCAUUUUGCUGCACUUGACCGGUUAUCUCCGCGAGGUUGACCUUUCUUCAGCUCAGCCUAUAGAGGAAGUUCAUUCUGAACCCAUAAUUGCUGAUGCAUUCAGAGACAUCAAGAAAAAGGACAGAUCCAGAAAAAAAGAUCAAACACCUGUAGCUCACCUUUCUGUCAAGACCCCCAUGGACUUCGCAAGCACCGACUCCAAGGUCGUGACCACUAUCCAUUGGAAUCAGUUCCAUGGCACUCUGACAAAGGUCAAAUACCACGACGGACGAUUUGUGAUGGAGGAACAAGGAUUGUAUUACGUGUAUGCAAAGACCUGUUUCCGGUAUGCCCCUGAUCACGCCUCAAAGAAACAGGAUGUUAGCAACGUCCAGCUGAUUCAGUAUAUUUUCCAUGAGAGUCACACCCAGUCUAAACUCAAACCUGUGCUGCUUUCGAAGAGCGGAGGCACGUUUAACUGGAGUGACCCAAACUACAACAUGUACUGUGUGCAACAAGGAAGAAGUGUCCGGUUGGGACAAAGCGACGGCCUUUUUGUCAACGUGUCCAAUUCAUGGCUGUUGGAUCCAGAGCCAGAGGGGACUUACUUUGGUGCUUUUAAAAUGAGCACCUGACUUUUGUUUAUUUUUGCUACUGAACUGGUUUAUGCACAUUUUACAACCUUAUGAACAAUUUCAACAUGACCAAGAACCACUGAGCACUUAUAUUUUAGAUCACUGACUUCUGACUAUUUUUUUUUUCAAUAUUGAUUUAUAUUGUACAUCAUUAAGGGCACAUCAGAAUUCUAACUGUUAAUUUUGUUAUAAAAGUUUUGGCAUGUUAACAUUAACUGCCAUAGUAGGUUAAGACAGCAUUGCUACUUCAUUAUGGACUUCACUUGCUCUCCAUACUUUUGUACAAACCUUGCAGAUACAAACUGAGUGAAAUUCUGUUUGUCAAUGUUAAAUCUAGGAACACACUUCUGGAUGUAUGUCACCUGAUAAUUACCUGGGGUAGUUACAAGCUCAAGGAAGUGCUGUAAGUGGCUGGUCAGAUUUUGGCACGGCAACAGCAGGACUAGGUGGUCACACCCUGAAAUAAUGGUUUUUUAGUUCCAGGUCUGCAACUCCAUACACAGUUUUUGUAAUAAUCAAUCUUCCACCCACAAUCUUCAACCUUUCAAGAGUUGAAGCAGGUGUAUUAAGCAGGUAAAACACAGAUGUAGUACAGUCCUCUCAGAUCUGCCAUUUAGAACCACUGUUUAAAACCUUAAAUUAAAUAUUUGUUAUGCUCUGUUUAGCAAGCUGAAGUCCUGGAGCAGAUUUGGCACUGAUUUCACAACUCCCAAUUUAAUACAAUGUUAAAAGAUUAACAAAAAGGCUGUUGGAGGUCUAUGCCAGCCAUCAUGCAGACCUUUGUUAUAUAAUGGGAUUUUUGUUGGUUAUGCAAAAUUACUUUGAACUAAGCAAAACAAAAUCAAAGAUAGCUGGCCUGUCUUUUAGUCAUUGUGAGAGCUGAAAAGAUUGACAUGAAUACAGUGAACCAAACUGAGUUUGGUACAUGCUAAUUUAAAGAGUUAUUUUUCAUUUCGCUCCUUUUGGAGGAAAUGAGAAAAUGCACUAAAUGUAUUUAUUUAUUUUUUAUGAUGAAAAAGAUGGACAUUUGUAAAAUGUUCUGUCUGAUUCUAAAACUCUUGUACAUUGUGUAUGUCUGCCUAAGCUCAAUUUUUUCUACAGAUUAUGGUUGACAGGCAUUGACUUUAGGUCAGUCGUAGAUCUGCUUUUUUGCAAGUGGGGCACGCACAGUUCUCCAUUUAAGCCUUAUUUUGAGCGGUUUCUCAUUAAAGAAACUUUGUAUUUAUGUAUCUUGUAUUUGACAGUUCUGUGCGCAAAUUCUCAUUCAACAUACAAUUUAAAUUUCAAACGUAAAUUGUUAAGGAUUUUUCAUAUCAUCAAAUGUUUUGUUUAAUAGUAUUGUUUAUUUAUAUCAUUCUAACUAAUAAAAAUACUUUUCUAAA